AGUUUGUUUUGUUUUUCCCUUACUUCAGCACAUCUGAGAGAGCUUUUCUGGAACUCCUGAGCCCUGUCCAAACAAAGAUGGCCGAAUGUGAGGGAUGAAGGGGAGGUGGAUCAGGGUGUGCGUGCGUGUGUGUGUGUGUGUGUGUGUGUAUGUGUGUGUGUGUGUGUGUGUGUGUAUGUGUGUGUAUUUGUGAUUUUUCAAGUAAGCCGGGACCAGAAGGGCCUUGCGAAAAACCAAAAAGAGGGAGGGAGAAAACCGAGCCCCUGAGAAAGGCAGCUGGAAACACGGAGACUUGCGGUCUUUCUCCCCCUCAUCCCCCACCUCUCUCUCCCUGGUCCAGCUGCACUCAGAUGUGUCUGCCUGGCCCCCCCUCCAAAAUCCCCCACCACCCACCCACCCCUGCGCUCCCAAGCUCAAUGCCACUGCCAAGGAGGGAGAGAAAGAGGGAGAGUGUCGCAGCUGGUAAUACUUACUGGCCAUUUUGCUGCGGUAAAGGCAUGAGAUUCAUUAGGCCAGGGCCCGCGUGUUAUGUGCUGAGUACCGGCCGUGUUAUUGUUAGGAUGUGGUAAACUUAUAAAUAUGGAGGGGUGAGGGGGAUUUGGGGGUGCAGGAAUCUAAGUGGAAGGGCUGGAGAGGAGCGAGAGAGUGAGGUGGUGGUGGCGGAAGGGGGGGGGGGACAUGCCACUCAUUAAAUCCUCUGCCACAGUCUUGUUUCUCAUGAUUGGGUGGCGAUAAAAAAAGUCUGUCACAAUUUGUCAAAGUUAAUGACUCAAUGGCACACCAGCACUCACGCGCUGGAAGACACGCUAACAUAUGUCGAAUUAGUCAAUAGCUUUAUAAUUGAAGAAAUAAGGAUUCCGUCUUUAGCCAAAUGAAGCGGACUUAGAGGGCCCUCAGAGGGAAUUUUGCAAUUUGGUCAGGUCGAUUGCAGAAUGGCAAUCACCAAGGCUUAGCACUGCUUUCCUCACGCAACUGUAAGUUUCUUUCUUUCUUUCUUUCUUUCUUUCUUUUGCUUUCUUUCCUCCCUCCCACCUCCUUGAGCUGUGUGUUCUUUAUGACCUGUGACUCUGGAACAGCGUCUAGCCUCCACUUCAGCUCCUCUAUCUGUGAACUUUGUAAGACUGAUAAAGACACCUAGAUGGACUCCUUUGGUUUGCCGUCUCCCUCCCUCUCUCUCGUUGUCCCACCACAUACACACACACACACACACACACACACACACACACACGCACACAGAGUCGUCCAAAGACACUCCAAUGACACUGCUUGUCAUUGCUGAAAUGUAGCCAUUGGUUAAACACUCUCUCUUCCUCUCCCUCCCCUCUCUGUCCGUAUCUCCGUCUUGUGUCCUAUUUUGUCAUUUGCCGACUGGCUCUGUAAAUACGAAUAAAAGUUGCAGCUUUUCGUUGGAGUGUUGUUGGAGUGAACAACAAAACUGAAUCAGGAGUCUUCUCGCUAUGCUGGCUGAGGCCAUUCGCUGCACACUGGUGAACUGCACAUGUGAGUGUUUCCAGCCAGGGAAGAUUCACCUACGAACAUGUGACAUGUGCAAACAUGGCUGGGUAGCUCACGCUCUGGACAAGCUCAGCACCCAGCACCUGUACCACCCGACCCAGGUGGAGAUCGUUCAGUCCAAUGUGGUGUUCGACAUCAGCAGCCUGAUGCUGUACGGCACCCAGGCCGUACCCGUCAGGCUCAAGAUCCUUCUAGACCGCCUCUUCUCCGUGCUGAAGCAGGAAGAGGUGCUGCACAUCCUGCACGGCCUGGGCUGGACCCUCCGAGACUACGUCAGGGGCUACAUACUGCAGGAUGCUGCAGGCAAGGUGCUGGACCGCUGGACCAUCAUGUCCCGAGAAGAAGAGAUCAUUACCCUACAGCAGUUUCUGCGCUUUGGAGAGACCAAGUCCAUUGUAGAACUGAUGGCCAUUCAGGAGAAGGAAGGUCAGGCAGUUACAGUUCCCUCCUCCAAAACAGACUCCGGGAUUAGGACAUUUAUUGAAAGCAACAACAGGUCCCGCAGCCCAGGGAUUCUGACACAACUGGAAACCAGCAGCCCAUCCAGCAUUCACCAUUUUGAGAAUAUCCCCAACAGCUUAGCCUUCCUCCUGCCCUUCCAAUACAUCAACCCAGUCUCUGCCCCCAUGCUCGGCUUGCCCCCCAAUUCCCUGCCUAUGGAGCAGUCUUCUCUCCGGCUCCGGGAGCCCAGCCUGCCAAACCAAGGUGAACAGGUGGACACCAGUGAGUCAGAAGUGUCCCUGUCACCCUUCCGCACAGGCCAGAGCCCUAGUCGUGGAGCCAUGGGAGCCAUGAACAACAUUGAACCCAAAACAGAGCCCAACCACAGGGCAUCACCCAUAUCACCAACCCCUUCCACCCAGCAGGCUCAACAGCAGCAGCAACAGCAGACACAGCUCCAGCAGCAGGGCCAACAGCAGUCCCAAAAUCAACCUCAGCAAUCCAACAGUUUGAGUGACCACCAAGUCCACCACCAAGUCCACCACCAUUUCGUGAAGGACGAGCAUUCAAAAAGCAUCUCCCAUGCUUCCUUUUCCUCCAAGAUGCAUCGCAUGCGUCGCAUGGGAUCCACCUCACGCAAGGGUCGUGUGUGCUGCAAUUCUUGUGGCAAGACCUUUUAUGAUAAAGGCACUCUUAAGAUACAUUAUAAUGCUGUACACUUGAAGAUCAAACACCGUUGCACCAUUGAUGGCUGCAAUAUGGUCUUCAGCUCACUACGCAGCCGCAACCGCCACAGUGCUAAUCCCAAUCCACGGUUGCACAUGCCCAUGCUGCGCAAUAACCGUGACAAGGACCUCAUCCGUUCAACCUCUGGUACACCUGUCAUCUCAAGCACCAAGAAUGGUGGCUAUACCCUCACCAGCCCUGGAAGGCCACCACUGGGCUUCACAACCCCACCGAUAGACCCUAUGCUUCAGUCACCCCUGCAAAGCCCACUGCUUUUCCCCUCCUUGAAGUCAGUGCAUCCUGUCCAGCCAGUGCCCCCGUUCUACCGUACACUACUGUCCCCAGCGGACCUUGUCAGUCCUCCAGUGUCACUGCCCACCAGCCCCAUCCUGCCCAUAACCACCAACAGUACCACCCUGAUGGACCAACAACAACAUCUCUUGGCUGCUGCAGGGGCUUCACACAAUAAUGUUCAUAUGUCAGAGGUAGGACCCAUGUCCCACCGCUUGCAUACACAUAGAGCCAAUCACGACCUCAACACUGGCAACAGUGAACCCACGCCCAAAAAGAAGCCCCGUAAAUCGAGCAUGCCAGUGAAGAUCGAGAAAGAAGUGAUUGAUGUGGCGGAUGAAUACGAUGACAAAGAUGAUGAUGACGAUGACAUCCACCAUAAUCACCACCAUCACUCAACGCUUCUACAUAACAAUGUCAAAAUGAACGGUAACUGUAACAGCAACAACAACAGUGGCAGUGGUACUGGAAACCACAGUGGUGGUAGUGAGCAACAAUCCCCUUCCCAGGAUGAGAUGAGCCCCGGCCUAGCUCUGAGAGGAAUGAUGAGACAGAGUGAAGAUGAAUGCAGGGAAGGGACUGGUAGUGAAAGCAGGGGUGGAAAUGAUCUUCAAGGCUCUGGCGAGCUUCGUUGUAUGGGCAGCUUCACCUCUGAGGAUCAGGACCAUGAAAGAGACUUUGAGAACGAAUCUGAAACCUCUGAUUCCAAGAUGUUCUAUCGUGAUGAGCUGAUAGAUGUGGAAGAACAGCAAAAACACAGUAGGAGUGGAAGGUGUCUGAACAAGGAACAAGACGAUGAGGGUUGUGAAGAAGCCCAAUUGAGAAAGGAAAUGGAAGGCAAGGGUCAUUCCUCACCCUCCCCUCAUCAGCCCCCUAUCAGGAUCAAGGAAGAACUCAACGAUCCUACUUACGACAUGUUCUGCAUGGGCCAGUAUGGACUCUAUAAUGGAGGAAUGGCGGCGGCUGCUGCUGCUGCAAGCAUGGCUGCUCUACAUGAGAGCUUCAUCUCUUCAAUGGGCUACGGUGCCAGCCCACCCAAAUUCCCUUCCUCUCAAUCACCAGAGGGAGACCCAUGCUCAAGUCCUGACCCCAAGAUCUGCUAUGUGUGUAAGAAGAACUUCAAGAGUUCCUAUAGCAUGAAACUACACUACAAGAAUGUGCACCUCAAAGAGAUGCAUGUGUGCACUGUGGCUGGCUGCAAUGCUGCCUUCCCUUCCCGGCGGAGCCGAGACAGGCACAGCUCCAACAUCAACCUGCACCGCAAACUGCUGACCAAAGAGCUGGACGACAUUGUCCUGGACCCCCAACUCCCGCCACUGCCCAAGGACCUGCGAGCCGAGUUACUGGCCAAGAUCUACGCCGGGCACCACAUGGGCUUGGACCCAUAUGCCGGGAUGGGCAUCGGAGGCGCCAGCCUCCGGCCCACUGGCCUGAACCACAAUGCCCGUUCCCUGAUGAGCAGUGAGUAUCCCCACCACCCUCUCAACCAUAACCUUAAAAACCACCACACCAACGGCUUCUCCCGGGGCCAGCCAGACGACUACAUGGUGUUGGACCUGAGCACCACAUCCAGUGUUCAAUCCAGCAGCAGUGUCCACUCCUCACAUGAGUCAGAUGAGGGCAGCGACGAAGGCAUGCUAUUGGAUGACUUGGAGGAGGAGGGAGAAGAGGAGGAGGAGGAGGGCAACAGCGAGGGGGAGGACUGCUCCCAGCAUGCCGAGGGGCAGGCUGAAGGAAGGCAUCGGGAUGAGACUGGAGAACUAAGAGGUGAAGGACAUGGUGAGGUGUUGGUACCUUCCUCUUCACCAUUCCUCUUUUCGUCCACCGGGGGCAGUAACGGUGGUAGCAGUGGGAUCCUUUGCAACAUCUGCCAUAAAAUGUACAGCAACAAAGGAACCCUGCGUGUGCACUACAAGACUGUGCACCUGCGCGAGAUGCACAAGUGUAAAAUCCCCGGUUGCAACAUGGUGUUCAGCUCUGUGCGCAGCCGUAACCGACACUCUCAGAACCCCAACCUCCAUAAAAACAUGCCCUUCUCUACAAUGAUAGACUAAAUAAUGACUUGCUACUCGACCCUGCUGUCAGUCGGCCCACUCCUCCCUUCAUUCCUCAUCCUUAUUCCUCCUCAAAUUAGCUUUCUAUCCCAGCCCAGGGCCAUCAAAUACAAGCUAAAUGCCUGUAUGCCUCCUGCCCGUCCUCUGUAAGUCAUCGCAAGACAUUUCUAUAUCCCUCUAUAAAAUUCAUCGACUCUAAAUACAGUUUAUUAUCGUGACUUUUGACUUUUCCUUCUUUGGAGGAACAGGAAGACGCUCUUGCGCAUGGAGUUUGCUUUAUAACAAAACUCCAGUCGUUUUUUUUUUUUUCAUAAACUCCUCCAUCUUUCCUUUCAGACUUCUCCCCACUUUGUUUUUAUGUCAAACUCCAAAGAAUCUAUUCAAACUCUUAUUUGUGACUUUGCCUGCAGAAAUGAUAGUAUUGAAAAAAAAAAAAAAUAAGAAAAUCUUCUUGUUGUAUUUGUGUAAUGAUAGCUUUUAAAUGAACCCGUUACAAAAAGCAUGACAGCUUCAUUUGUAAAUAAUGUCCCCAAGAGGCUUUUGGUGUAAAAGAGUUGUGUUGAUGGUUGUUUGCUUCUUUUUUCUCUCUCGUUAUGGUUUUAUGUUACAGUCCAGUACAAUACUUCCAGCUAUAGGCAAGAAAGAGGUAGCAUCUUACUAGCUUGACUCAUUUAUGUUAGCUCCAAAGACACAUUUAAACUGAGUCCUAGGAAAAAAAAGAAUAUCAUGUGACUUGUUUUAUCUACUUGUUAGAUAUUCAGAGGUUGCCGGCAUGCUUUUUUAGGCUCCUACACUGAUAUCAUUCUCUGUAUUUCUAUUUUUUUUUUUUGUCUGUUAUGUUUAUGAGCUUUAGUAUACAAAUUCAGUUUUUGCACUUUGCAUCUAUACAAGGGGAUGUGUAAUAUUAUUAUAAUGAGGACUUUUGCAAUGGUGAGUUUAGGUGUUAUUCGGGGUCAUUGAUGGCUACAGUGCCAAGGUAAAUGAUAAUACCUUCAACAUAAUUGUGCCAGUUUCUUUUUGCACGUGCUCAGUUUCAAACACAGUUUCACAACAGAAAACGUCUUGCCUCCCUGAACAAAAGCUGAGAUCUGCCCACCCCGCUAAACAACGUAUUCAGAAAGCGUCUCCAAAGUCUCUUGCCUCAAAACAAAGUAUGACUGAACAUAAACUGCUGUUUCACAAAGGAGUCAAUUAUUGAUAAAGUCUCUCCUCCUCUUUUUGUUUAAUUUGUGGACGGUUGCCAGUUAUGAACACGAUUAUUACUUCAGGAGGUUUAGUGGGGAAAUCUGUGUAAAGCAUAGCAUUAUUGUGACAUUGUCAAACAAAGUCAUCAAUGCAAGAACUCAUGUUUGUUCUCACAAAAGGCAUCUUAAUGAAAUAUGACUGUCCCAUAGAUUGGAAAAAAACAAGAGAUAAAAGAGAAAAAAGAUGAAAAUAGUCAUUCAACUGUGACCAAAAACAAAAGUGCUUAAGAAAAGCUCUUUCAGUGUGACACCGUGUACUUAAAUCAUGCCCCAUUGGAUUAAUAUGAUGCACUUCAGUCUUAAAUCUUUUGCUGUAAUAUUUUCGGUAUCGUUUGCCAUUGCUGAGUGUCGGCUACAAAUGUACUCUUUGAAAAAUGUUGCCAUUUUUCUGGCUGUUGUUUGCAGACAUUUUGAACAUGUCCAUGACUGUCUUACGGUACAACUAUUUCCAGUAACUGGGCAAAGUAGCCAAGGGAAGGGGUAUUUAUUGGUGGGUGAUGUAUCUUCAUGGAGAUGUUUUUGUCCAGUAUAAGAAUAUUUUUUGUAAAAAGACAAAAAAAUAGAGAUUGUUCCUCAGUUUGACUUGUUUAUCAAUGUAUUAGCAAUGCGUUGUGUUACUAUACAGGGAGAUCUUCUCUCACUUGACUGGUGCUACACACAGAGGGAAGAAUAUGCAGUGUUAUGUGGUGUGCUGUACAGUCUUCACAACACCUUACAUCCAUAACAGUGUUGAGUUCCAUUUAUUUCAUACUUAAGCCAUUUUGCAAUAUAGACAUGACCUAUUCUAGUGUAAUAUUUCAUGUCUUUAUUUUUUUAAGACUCCACCUUUAUGACACAUGCAGUUUUCAGUCCUCUCUUCUCAGAGAUAAAGGGAGCGAGACAGAGAGCUGAGGCUGAUGGAAAGGUUGCGGAGGUGGAAGGCUGACUAGGGAGGAAAGGAUGACAGCAACGAUCAUUAAAAUUGUGCUGCUUCUCCGUUACCUGGAGGCGUCCCUGCCAUUCCAGCUUCUUCUGUCUAAUAACUCACUUGUCACUUCGUUACACUGCCAGGCUCCAAGGUUGCUGACAAGACUGUGACACAGACAGAAAGAGAAUAAGAAGGAACGACAUUGUGGGCUCUGAACAAUUAAAUUUGACCCAUUCAUUUUAGUUGAAUCCAAUUCAUCUAUUCCUUUUCUAUGUGUGCUUAUUCUUAUUCAGGGUCACUGAUAAUUAAAUUCAAUUCCUUUCUCUCGCUCUGUUUUUCUCUUUGUCUGUCAGAGGGCAGUCAUUUAACAACCGCCUUACCCAUUUCUUCAACCCGCCACUCACUUACCACCUCCACACCCCACAGCGCAGGUCCUACAGGGACACACACUAAUAGUGUAUGCUUAAGUUCACCGGACGGCCACGGCGUAGGAAAAAGGGAUGGGUAAUUGCCUGUUUAUCCCAAGUGAAGGGAAAAUUGAGUACAGGAACCCCUGCCUUCUCCCAGGAGUGGGUUUCACUGAGGCGCUUGCUGCCUCAUUCAUUCAUUCAAUCCCCCCGGCCCUCGCUCUGGCAGAAAAAAAAAAAAAAAAAAAGUGCUACUCCGGGAACCCUGCUGACAGCUGUCUCUCUAACACACAACCAUACAAACACACGUGCACACAGAGGAGAGUGGCGCACACUCACACAUGCUUCCUACUUACGGGCCAGAAAGAUGACAAGAACAAGAUGACUUGU